UCGGGGUCCCAUUUGAUUGGAAGGCGGCAAAGGCUUUAAUCUCAGACUAAUUCAGCUGCUUUUGAAGUAGGAAUUCCUGCCAUAUCUUGGGUUGGGAGGACUAGCACACGGACCUGCGGGAAGACACACAGCGAGCUGUUCCUAUGGUGCAAGACACAACCUCGCGUCUGCGAUAGCCUCGCACUCCACUCCCGCCUGCGCCACUGUUAAGAGGGAUUACACACCAACCGUAUGUCUGGGACUCGUUCAGUUAUCGAAUUUUCAGAGAAGAUAUGACUGUCUAAUUCUUGAUGAAUCAGAUGAAUGCUUUCUCGCCAUUAUCCGUGAGCAUUGGGUCAUGAUCACAUCGCCCACGGUCUCUGCUCUACGAAAUAGUAAAACAAAUCAAGCUUGGGAAAGCAGUGGUUCUCGGAAUAACAGCGCCGCGAACAUAAAUAAACCGUUUCUACACUCUGUUCCUCCCUCGGACCCAGUACGGCAAGCUAACCGUCUUCCCAUCAAGGUUUUGAAAAUGCUUACGGCUCGGACAGGACACAUUUUGCACCCAGAAUAUCUGCAGCCUUUGCCAUCUACACCGGUUAGUCCAAUUGAGUUGGAUGCCAAGAAAAGUCCUUUGGCUCUCUUGGCACAAACCUGCUCUCAAAUCGGCAAGCCUGAUCCGCCACCCGCUUCUAAGUUGUCCUCUGUAACCUCAAAUGGAUCUAAUGACAAAGAUUCCAAAACCGGUCCAUUAAAACUAAGUGACAUCGGAGUUGAAGACAAAUCCAGUUUUAAACCUUAUUCAAAAUCGUCAGAGAAGAAGGAUUCGUCCUCGGGGGCAUCUAGUGGAGAGAAAACUGGUUUCCGUGUGCCUAGCGCCACCUGCCAACCGUUCACGCCAAGGACAGGCAGCCCCAAUUCCAGCACUUCUGCAUCUCCGUUGCCAUCGGAGGGCAAAUUGGGAGAGCGCGAGGACAAGAAAGAGGCUGAAAGUAAUAAAAACAGUGUCGUGGACGUGUCUGGAACCACUAGCAUCAGUCACAGCAGGAUAAGCGUUAGUUGCGCUGGAAUUAACGUGGACGUCAACCAACAGGAGACCACAACUGGAUCAAAACCUGUAACGUCAGAUUCUACAUCUGUCUCCUCAAGUUCGUCAGCGUCGGUACUCGGGUCAGGGCUUGUGGCCCCCGUUUCCCCUUACAAACCUGGUCAAACGGUGUUUCCUCUUCCGCCCGCUGGCAUGACAUAUCCUGGCACCUUGGCAGGGGCGUAUGCUGGUUAUCCUCAACAUUUCCUGCCACCCGGAGGUAGCCUGGUAAAUGCACAACUUGCGAGUUCACUGGGUUGCAGUAAAGCAGGAUCGAGCCCUUUAGCGGGAGCCUCACCACCAUCGAUAAUGUCUGCCAGUCUGUGCAGAGACCCGUACUGCCUGAGCUAUCAUUGCGCAAGCCACUUGGCUGGAGCGGCCGGUGCUUCUUGUGCGCACGACUCGGCGGCGGCCGCGGCCGCUUCGGCUCUCAAGUCCGGAUAUCCACUAAUGUACCCUACGCACCCGUUACACGGAAUGCACUCCUCGCCGCCAUCUUUUACCGGACACCCUCUGUACCCUUACGGCUUCAUGCUCCCCAACGACCCCUUACCGCACAUAUGCAACUGGGUGUCAGCUAACGGACCUUGCGACAAGCGCUUUUCUUCAUCCGAAGAACUUCUGAACCACCUGCGGACCCACACCGCGUUCUCGGGAACAGAGAAAUUGUUAUCAGGUUACCCCGGCUCUUCGUCCUUAGCCAGCGCUGCAGCCGCGGCGAUGGCAUGCCACAUGCACAUGCCACCGACAGGACCCCCCGGAAGUCCCGGGACUUUGGCGCUUCGGAGCCCACAUCACGCUUUAGGACUAAGCAACCGCUACCAUCCAUAUUCUAAGAGCCCUUUGCCAACCCCUGGUGCCCCAGUGCCCGUGCCUGCAGCCACUGGGGCGUACUACUCCCCGUACGCACUGUACGGCCAAAGACUUACCACAGCCUCGGCGCUUGGAUACCAGUGAAAAGAAACAGCCCGACGGUCCCAUAUUUGUAAGAGAUAAAACGACAAAUAUAGACUUUUGCAUUAACUGUCCGCUUAAGGACUGGAUCCGUGGACUUGCUGUAUUUAUUUAUGUUAGCUUCAAGCGAGGAAAGAAGAUAUAAAAUAAUGGAAAAAAAUUCAAAGUGCAUUACUUUUAAACGGAACUCAAUCGGUGAAGUCAAAACCCACGUUAGGCACUAAUGGAAAUUGAGGGAGUUCCUUUCGUUGUUUAUUUGAAAUUGCUAUGAUUGUAUGGUUCGUUCUUAUUUAAUGUCUGAUUGAAAAGAAAAAAAAUUUACAUGCAUGUUUGUUACUAAAAUCCCAACUUGUCCAUAUAAUUUUAAAUUGCAAUUAUUUUUAAGGUGUAUACCAUGGAAAGAGAAUUGGUAUUUUUUGUAUGUAUUCUGGAAAAUAAGAAACAAUUCUGUUCCAAAACUCCGUGUUCAUAAUUUUGUACGACCGCGCAGAAUAUACAGAGGCAGUAGUGAAAAUGUCCACUGAAUUCAUUUUAGAGAAUUCUAUCUGGCAUAGAUGUUUAAUCCGCUAUAGCUAUACAGAGUGGGGAUCACCAAGGUUUUAAAAAGCAGUGGGUAGUGUACGCGUGUUCAUAUACUUGCACUGAAUGACAUUUAUUCCAGUUUAAGCAACGCAUAAUAUGGAUUGUCUGGUUCAACUUGAAUUGAUUUCUAAGUAAAUCCAACAAUAGCCUAUACGAAAGUUAAACAAUAUUUCUUAACAAAAUACAUUUACAUAUUACAGUUUAAACGAUGGAUUCGUAGUGAUGCAUUUUUGAACUGUACUUGUAUUUCAAGCGCAAUUUAAAGCAAGGAAACGCAAGCUGUUGAGCAAUCUACACGUACUAUUGAUUCUGAACAACUGAUCAUCAUGUGUUUUAUUACCUUUUAUAUAUUUAUGUUUACUAAAUUGAAUUAAUUUUUAAAAAAUUGAAUAUAAAAUAUUAUGGAUUGUGAAAUGCAGUGUGUGGAAAUGCCGUAGGCUAUCUAUUGUUGUUACGACUACAAACAAUUGGCAUUUCGACUACCUUUGAGAACUGGAGCUCACUAAAUUCUCGUUUUGGAUGGGAAAAACAUGAAAAAUGCUGAAUGUGUAUUCAGCGGCGUGUCUACAUGCAUUACAUAUAAAACCCCUCCUGUCUAAAUAAAAAGUAAAGGCUACGUUAUGUUUCACUGGAAAAGAUGUUAGAUAUUGUCAAUCUUCGUUAUUUGUCGAUUAACCACAGGUUUUAGGCCAUCGAUAUUAAGGUACUCAAUGCAAAAUGUAUUUACGCGCAGGCACUUGACGCACCGAUCAUUUAAACGAGAAUUAACAGCAAUAAAACUAGUUGUUAGUAGGCCUAUUGUUAAAAAUUCAUCAGAAGGCCAUCGUUUAAUAUUUUACAGAAGCAUAAGAAAUACACUGAUUGUAUAAUAUCUUAGGCUUAGCGCCAGGAAACUGCACAAAUGUUUUUUUUUUUUUUUUUUAAGUUGCAUCAGCACGUUUUUUCUGGAAACAGCUAUCUUUUCUGUUUGCGUUAUUUUUUGUUAAUAUUACACUAAGGAUACUUUAUAUGUGACUGUCAUUACUGUAAUUCUGUUCGAAUAUAUCUAUUUAAAAUUA